AUGAAUUUGAAAUUUUUAGGACUACUUUUGGUAGUUGGAUUAUGUCAGGCCAACAUCUUCAACAUCCCAAGCGCUGCUAUCCGUUUCACCAGAAAAUUCACUGGAAUGGAGAAACUUUCAGCUCCUGAUGAGUUGGGUGGAGAGGAUUAUGACAUGAAAAUUGAAGUGGGCCAAAUUGCGGAAGACUUGGUUGCUGAUGUGAAAGACGACGACAGUGAGGAAGUUACGUUUGAACCAAACAUGAAAUUGGAAUCUCCAUUCGUGAUGGGAAGAGAACCAGUUGUCAAUUACCCAAACAUGCUUAAGAAGGACUUCGGAACCCCAAGAAAAGAAGUCGUGUUGCCAGAAAACUAUCAUGAGAAUGUUGUGGAGAUUAUGGAUUCCAGAAACGAGAGGGAGAUUGAUUUGGAGCCAAUGAUCAAGGCAAAAGUUGAGAAAGGGUAUUAUGAGCAUAUGGAGUCUCACGAAUCUAUCGAGGACCUGAUGGAUGCUGGAUCAUGGACAGAUCUCGAAACUACUGGUGAAGAAUCUGACGAAGAGUGGGAGGAGGCUCGUCCAUACCUCAAGUGUGGAUGCUUGAAGAAGUCUGGAAAGGUUUUCGAAUCCAAAACCGCCCCAAGAGAAUGGGAAUCUGACAACUUCAAAGCCAACGAUCUCCCGACCGCUUGGGACUGGAGAAAUGUCAGUGGAAAGAACUAUUGCUCGCCAACCAGAAACCAACACAUUCCAGUCUAUUGUGGAUCUUGCUGGGUUUUCGGAACCACCGGAGCUCUUAACGAUCGAUUCAAUGUUGCUCGUGAAGGAAGAUGGCCAAUGACUCAAUUGUCUCCACAAGAAAUUAUUGAUUGUAACGGAAAGGGUAACUGCCAAGGAGGAGAGAUUGGAGACGUUUUGGAGCAUGCUAAGAUUCAAGGACUUGUUGAGGAGGGAUGCAAUGUCUAUAGAGCCACAAAUGGAGGUAGGGUUUAUCUCUCUGAUUUAAAAUUGUUAGCAUUUUCAGAAUGCAACCCAUAUCAUCGUUGUGGAUCCUGUUGGCCAAACGAGUGCUUCUCUCUAUCAAACUAUACUCGUUACUACGUCAAAGACUACGGAAAGGUAACUGGACGUGAAAAGAUCAUGGCUGAAAUCAAGAAAGGAGGACCAAUCGCAUGCGCCAUUGGAGCUACUAAGAAGUUCGAAUACGAAUACGUCAAAGGAGUUUACUCGGAGAAGAGUGAUCUCGAAUCCAACCACAUCAUCUCUCUUACUGGAUGGGGAGUUGACGAGAAUGGAGUUGAGUACUGGAUCGCCAGAAACAGUUGGGGAGAGGCUUGGGGAGAGCUUGGAUGGUUCCGUGUUGUUACUUCGAAGUUCCAAAAUGGAGAGGGAGAUCAUUACAAUAUGGGAAUCGAACGCGAUUGCUACUUUGCAGAUGUUGAUGUUUCUAAUUUGAACUUCUAA